AUGCUUGUCUCCCUGUUCAGCCUUCUAGGCCUUCUGGCCACUUCAGUGUUUGGGCAAUCGAGCGCGUAUACUGAUUCGGCAACCGGCAUCGAAUUCCUACAGGUAGACGUCAGCGGUGAAGCUGCGCCAGGAGGCUACAAAUAUGGGAUUGCGCUGCCAGCUGUAUCGCAGAGCCAGUAUCAGAACGAGUUUAUUGGACACAUCUCCUCCGGCUUAACAAAUGGAAAGGGUUGGGCAGCCAUAUCAGUGGGACCCUCCAUGGCCGGCUACCUGCUGCUACUAACGUGGCCGAAUGGGAAACAAGUCAUAGGGUCGUUCCGAUACUCAACCGGUUUUCUCCAGCCAGAUAUUUACACCGGCAAUGCGACCUUUACGAUCAUCUCUCAGAGUGUUACUAGCACUGGCUACGACGUUAUAUUCAGGUGCCAGAAUUGCUGGUCUUGGUCGGAUAAUGGUCAAAGUGGGAGCGCUAUCCCACCGACGGCCACCAACGGUAACAUCCCAAUGGGCUGGGCGCAGCACACGACGUUGCCUACAAACCCUGCUGAUCCAAACUCUUUCGUCGAUCAACAUCAGUACUACGACAUUGGGGUCUUCGACAGCAUAGGCGGUGCUCGCAACAGCGCAUAUACCAGCUGGGUCAGUCUUGCGACGGCGACCUCCGUGCCUACGUCAACCUCAUCUGUUUCUGUGACUUCUACCGCUUCCGUAGCGACAGCUUGCGCCGCAACGCAGACUCCUUCUUCACAGACCUACGACUACAUUGUCGCUGGUGCUGGGGCUGGAGGUAUAGCACUUGCUGCUAAGCUAUCAGAGAAUGGUGGCAAGAAAGUCCUCUUGAUCGAGAAAGGCCCGCCCUCCUCCGGUCGCUGGGGCGGCUCCUUAAUCUCGAGCUGGAACGCGCCAACCUGGCUCUCCAGUACCAAUCUCACUCGCUUCGACGUUCCAGGAUUAUGUAACGAGAUCUGGGUCGACUCCGUAGGCAUCUCAUGCACAGAUGCUUCGUCCAUGGCCGGCUGUGUCCUUGGCGGUGGCACUGCAAUCAAUGCUGGUCUGUGGUGGAGGGCUAACCCCGCGGACUUUGACUACAACUUCCCUGCUGGUUGGCGCUCAAGUGAAGUGGCGCAGGCGAUAUCGCGAGUGUUUCAAAAGAUACCUGGAACCUACUACCCGUCACUCAAUGGACAGACCUAUCUGAGACAAGGAUUCAACUCCAUCGCUUCUGCACUCACGGCGGCUGGGUGGACUAGCGUCGAUGCCAACGCAAAUCCUGGAUCCAAAAACCGGACGUACUCUCAGACACCAUAUAUGUUCUCACACGGGGAGCGCGGUGGACCAAUGGCGACAUAUCUCGUCGAGGCAAGUCAACGCAGCAAUUUCAAGCUCAUCAUGAAUACUGGAGUGAGGCGCAUCAUCCGUACCGGUGGACAUGCCACUGGUGUGGAGCUCGAGCCUACGAACUCGAACGGACUGUGCGGUAACAUCUCCCUUACGGCCAAAGGUCGUGUCAUCGUCUCAGCCGGAGUCUUCGGUAGCACCAAGCUUCUAUACCGGUCAGGCAUUGGCCUCACAGACCAGCUCAACAUUGUCAAGAGUAGUGCCAAGGACGGUGCGACCAUGAUAUCCUCCUCGCAGUGGAUCAACCUCCCAGUAGGCAAGAAUCUUAACGAUCACACCAACACUGACGUUGUCAUCCGAAACAAAGACUCGGUCUUCUACGACUUCUAUGCUGCUUUUCAGACUCCAAUCCAGGCUGAUGCCCAAUCAUACCUUAGCUCGCGAACCGGUAUCCUGGCUCAAAGUGCGCCGAACAUCGGCCCCGUCUUCUGGGAGAUCAUCACUGGGUCAGAUGGUAUCCAGCGUCAACUUCAGUGGACCGCUCGCGUAGAAGGAGGUCACGGCUUCCCAGACAACACAUCCAUGGUGCUAUCCCAAUAUCUUGGCCGUGGUAAGACUUCGACAGGGGCUUUGUCAAUCAGGCCGGAUCUCUCCAUCACGGUCUCGGAUUUACCAUACAACAAGACCGCUGGCGAUAAUGAUGCCAUCGUUCAAGGUAUCAAGCAUCUUCAAACUGCGCUCGCGAACAACAAGGACAUCACGGUCGUCUUUCCCGCUGCGGGUCAGAGUGUCGAGAACUUCGUGGCUUCUUAUCCAGUGAGCACAAGUGCUAGGACAGCCAACCACUGGAUCGGGACGGCGAGGAUGGGCACUGAUAGCGGGCUGACUGGUGGUACCAGUGUGGUCGAUACAAGCACGAAGGUCUAUGGUACCGACAAUAUUCAUGUGGUUGAUGCCUCAAUCUUUCCAGGUAUGAUGAGCACAAACCCGUCGGCACUGAUCGUCGCUGUCGCUGAGAGGGCUUGGGAGUAUAUCUCAGGAUUGAAUUAA